AGGAUGAGUUCGGGGUGGGAUGACGGACCGCUUCUGGGACCAGUGGUAUCUUUGGUAUCUCCGCUUGCUUCGGCUGCUGGAUCGAGGAUCUUUUCGGAAUGAUGGUUUGAAAGCUUCUGAUGUCCUUCCCAUCCUAAAGGAGAAAGUGGCCUUUGUGUCUGGGGGGCGUGAUAAGCGAGGCGGACCCAUCCUGACCUUCCCUGCCCGAAGCAAUCAUGACAGAAUAAGACAGGAAGACCUGCGGAAACUCGUGACGUAUUUGGCCAGCGUGCCAAGUGAGGACGUUUGCAAACGUGGCUUCACCGUCAUCAUCGACAUGCGGGGCUCCAAGUGGGACCUCAUCAAGCCCCUCCUCAAGACGCUGCAGGAAGCCUUUCCCGCCGAGAUCCAUGUGGCCCUCAUCAUCAAGCCCGACAACUUCUGGCAGAAGCAGAAGACCAACUUCGGCAGCUCCAAAUUCAUCUUCGAGACAAGCAUGGUGUCCGUGGAGGGCCUCACGAAGCUGGUGGACCCCUCCCAGCUGACGGAGGAGUUUGACGGUUCCCUGGAUUACAACCACGAGGAAUGGAUCGAGUUGCGCCUCUCCCUGGAGGAGUUCUUCAACAGUGCCGUACACCUGCUCUCACGCCUAGAGGACCUGCAGGAGAUGCUGGCCCGGAAGGAGUUCCCUGUGGAUGUGGAGGGCUCUCGGAGGCUUAUCGACGAGCACACACAACUUAAGAAAAAGGUGCUGAAGGCCCCCGUGGAGGAGCUGGACCGCGAGGGCCAGCGGCUGCUGCAGUGCAUCCGCUGCAGCGACGGCUUCUCGGGGCGUAACUGCAUCCCAGGGAGCGCCGACUUCCAGAGCCUCGUACCCAAGAUCACCAGCCUCCUGGACAAGCUGCAUUCCACCCGACAACACCUGCACCAGAUGUGGCACGUGCGAAAGCUCAAGCUGGACCAGUGCUUCCAGCUGCGGCUCUUCGAGCAGGAUGCCGAGAAGAUGUUUGACUGGAUAAGCCACAACAAGGAGUUAUUUCUUCAGAGCCACACGGAGAUUGGAGUCAGCUACCAGCAUGCAGUAGACCUCCAGACACAGCACAAUCACUUUGCUAUGAACUCCAUGAACGCCUAUGUCAACAUCAACCGCAUCAUGUCUGUCGCUUCCCGCCUCUCAGAGGCCGGCCAUUACGCCUCCCAGCAAAUCAAGCAGAUCUCCACGCAACUAGACCAGGAGUGGAAGAGCUUCGCUGCGGCCCUGGACGAACGCAGCACCAUCCUGGCCAUGUCUGCUGUGUUCCACCAGAAGGCAGAGCAGUUUCUGUCAGGAGUGGAGGCCUGGUGCAAGAUGUGCAGCGAAGGCGGCCUUCCGUCUGAGAUGCAGGACCUGGAGCUGGCAAUCCACCACCACCAGUCCUUGUAUGAGCAGGUGACCCAGGCCUACACAGAGGUCAGCCAGGACGGCAAAGCCCUGCUGGAUGUCCUGCAGCGUCCCCUGAGUCCUGGCAACUCUGAGUCCCUCACGGCCACAGCCAACUACUCCAAGGCGGUACACCAGGUGCUGGACGUGGUGCACGAGGUGCUGCACCACCAGCGGCGGCUCGAGAGCAUCUGGCAGCACCGCAAAGUGCGGCUUCACCAGCGGCUGCAGCUGUGCGUCUUCCAGCAGGAUGUGCAGCAGGUGUUGGACUGGAUUGAAAACCACGGCGAGGCCUUUCUCAGCAAACACACUGGGGUUGGGAAGUCCCUGCAUCGAGCACGGGCGCUACAGAAGAGACACGACGACUUCGAAGAAGUGGCUCAGAAUACAUACACCAACGCCGACAAGCUCCUAGAAGCCGCGGAGCAGCUGGCUCAGACUGGGGAAUGUGACCCGGAGGAGAUCUACAAGGCAGCCAGACACCUGGAGGUGCGCAUCCAAGACUUCGUGCGCAGGGUGGAGCAGCGGAAGCUCCUCCUGGACAUGUCGGUCUCCUUCCACACACACACCAAAGAGCUGUGGACAUGGAUGGAAGAUCUGCAGAAGGAGGUGCUGGAGGAUGUUUGUGCAGACUCCGUGGAUGCGGUCCAGGAACUGAUCAAGCAGUUCCAGCAGCAGCAGACCGCCACCCUGGAUGCCACUCUCAAUGUCAUCAAGGAAGGCGAAGACCUUAUCCAGCAGCUCAGGUCAGCGCCUCCCUCCCUGGGGGAGCCCACCGAGGCCAGGGACUCCGCCGUAUCCAACAACAAGACGCCUCACAGUAGUUCUAUCAGCCACAUCGAGUCCGUCCUCCAGCAGCUGGACGAUGCUCAGGUGCAGAUGGAAGAGCUGUUUCACGAGCGGAAGAUCAAGCUGGACAUCUUCCUGCAGCUGCGCAUCUUUGAACAGUACACCAUCGAGGUGACAGCAGAGCUGGACGCCUGGAAUGAGGACCUGCUCCGGCAGAUGAACGACUUCAACACGGAGGAUCUGACCCUGGCGGAGCAGCGGCUACAGCGCCACACGGAACGGAAGCUCGCCAUGAACAACAUGACCUUUGAGGUCAUCCAGCAGGGCCAGGACCUGCACCAAUACAUCAUGGAAGUGCAAGCCUCAGGAAUCGAGCUGAUCUGUGAGAAGGACAUUGACCUGGCAGCUCAGGUGCAGGAGCUACUGGAGUUUCUCCACGAGAAGCAGCAUGAGCUGGAGCUCAACGCGGAGCAGACGCACAAGCGGCUGGAGCAGUGUCUCCAGCUGCGGCACCUCCAGGCCGAGGUUAAGCAGGUUCUGGGGUGGAUCCGAAAUGGAGAGUCGAUGCUGAACGCCAGCCUCGUCAAUGCCAGCUCCUUGUCCGAGGCAGAGCAGCUGCAGCGGGAGCAUGAACAGUUCCAACUAGCCAUCGAGUCCCUCUUUCAUGCCACUUCCUUGCAGAAGACGCACCAGAGCGCCCUGCAGGUGCAGCAGAAGGCGGAGGCACUGCUCCAGGCUGGCCACUACGACGCCGAUGCCAUCCGGGAAUGUGCCGAGAAGGUGGCCCUCCACUGGCAACAGCUCAUGCUCAAGAUGGAAGACCGGCUGAAACUGGUCAAUGCCUCUGUGGCCUUUUACAAGACCUCUGAGCAGGUAUGCAGUGUUCUGGAGAGCCUAGAGCAAGAGUACCGGAGGGAUGAGGACUGGUGCGGCGGGCGAGACAAGCUGGGGCCCGCGGCAGAGAUGGACCAUGUCAUUCCGCUCCUCAGCAAGCAUCUGGAACAGAAGGAGGCCUUCCUGAAGGCCUGCACUCUGGCACGGAGGAACGCCGAGGUGUUCCUUAAGUACAUCCACAGGAACAAUGUGAGCAUGCCCAGUGUUGCCAGCCAUACCAGGGGACCUGAGCAGCAAGUGAAAGCCAUCUUGAGCGAGCUCUUGCAGAGGGAGAAUCGUGUCCUGCACUUCUGGACCCUGAAGAAGCGGCGGUUAGACCAGUGUCAGCAAUACGUGGUGUUCGAGCGCAGUGCUAAGCAGGCACUAGACUGGAUCCAAGAAACAGGAGAAUAUUACCUCUCAACACAUACCUCCACUGGAGAGACCACGGAGGAGACUCAGGAGCUGCUGAAAGAGUAUGGCGAAUUCAGGAUACCUGCCAAGCAAACGAAAGAGAAGGUAAAGCUUCUGAUCCAGCUGGCGGACAGCUUCGUGGAAAAGGGCCACAUCCACGCCACAGAGAUACGGAAAUGGGUGACCACGGUGGACAAGCACUACCGGGAUUUCUCCCUGAGGAUGGGGAAGUACCGGUACUCCCUGGAGAAAGCCCUGGGUGUCAACACAGAGGAUAACAAGGACCUGGAGCUGGACAUCAUCCCAGCAAGCCUCUCAGACCGCGAGGUCAAGCUCCGGGACGCCAACCAUGAGGUCAAUGAAGAGAAGCGGAAGUCAGCUCGGAAGAAAGAAUUCAUUAUGGCUGAAUUGCUCCAGACGGAGAAGGCUUAUGUAAGGGACUUACACGAGUGCCUGGAGACCUACCUGUGGGAAAUGACCAGCGGCGUGGAGGAGAUACCCCCUGGCAUCCUCAAUAAAGAGCACAUCAUCUUUGGCAACAUCCAGGAGAUCUACGACUUCCAUAACAACAUCUUCCUCAAAGAGCUGGAGAAGUACGAGCAGCUGCCUGAGGAUGUUGGACACUGCUUUGUCACCUGGGCGGACAAAUUUCAGAUGUAUGUCACCUACUGUAAAAACAAGCCUGAUUCCAACCAGCUGAUCCUGGAGCAUGCAGGCACCUUCUUUGAUGAGAUCCAGCAGCGGCAUGGCCUGGCCAACUCCAUCUCUUCCUACUUGAUUAAGCCUGUGCAGAGGGUGACAAAGUACCAGCUGCUCCUGAAGGAACUCUUAACUUGCUGUGAAGAAGGGAAAGGGGAGCUCAAGGAUGGCCUGGAGGUGAUGCUCAGUGUCCCCAAGAAAGCCAAUGAUGCCAUGCAUGUCAGCAUGCUGGAAGGGUUCGAUGAGAACUUGGAUGUACAGGGGGAGUUGAUUCUCCAGGAUGCCUUUCAAGUGUGGGACCCAAAGUCGCUGAUCCGGAAGGGGCGGGAGCGGCACCUGUUCCUCUUUGAGAUCUCCUUGGUGUUUAGCAAGGAGAUCAAAGACUCUUCAGGACACACGAAAUAUGUUUACAAGAACAAGCUACUGACCUCAGAGCUGGGUGUGACCGAGCACGUAGAAGGUGACCCCUGCAAAUUCGCCUUGUGGUCUGGGCGCACCCCAUCCUCAGACAAUAAAACAGUGCUCAAAGCUUCCAACAUCGAAACCAAGCAGGAGUGGAUCAAGAACAUUCGAGAAGUGAUCCAGGAAAGGAUCAUUCACCUUAAAGGAGCUUUAAAGGAACCAAUCCAGCUCCCCAAAACACCAGCCAAACUGAGGAACAAUAGUAAGAGGGAUGGACUAGAGGAUGGUGACAGCCAGGGGGAUGGGAGCAGCCAGCCAGACACCAUAUCCAUCGCCUCCAGGACCUCUCAGAACACAGUGGACAGUGACAAGCUCUCAGGUGGCUGCGAGCUGACGGUGGUCCUGCAGGACUUCAGCGCGGGCCACAGCAGUGAGCUCAGCAUCCAGGUGGGACAGACGGUGGAGCUGCUGGAGCGACCCAGUGAGAGGCCCGGCUGGUGUCUGGUCCGCACCACGGAGCGGAGCCCCCCGCAGGAAGGCCUGGUCCCCAGCAGUGCCCUGUGCAUCUCACACUCACGCAGCAGCGUGGAGAUGGACUGCUUCUUCCCUUUGGUGAAAGAUUCAUACUCUCAUUCUGCCAGUGAAAAUGGAGGCAAGUCCGAGUCCGUGGCCAACCUGCAGUCUCAGCACUCCUUAAACUCCAUCCACAGCUCUCCUGGUCCCAAGCGCUCCACCAACACCCUUAAAAAGUGGCUGACCAGCCCCGUGCGCCGGCUCAACAGUGGGAAAGCGGAUGGAAACAUCAAAAAGCAGAAAAAAGUACGCGAUGGGAGGAAGAGCUUCGACCUGGGAUCCCCCAAGCCUGGGGAUGAGACGACCCCUCAGGGAGACAGCGCUGAUGAGAAGAGCAAGAAGGGUUGGGGUGAAGAUGAGCCAGAUGAAGAGUCACACACCCCACUCCCUCCACCCAUGAAGAUCUUUGACAACGACCCGACCCAGGAUGAGAUGUCCUCCUCUUUGCUAGCAGCCCGGCAGGCCUCCACUGAAGUACCAACUGCUGCAGACCUUGUCAGUGCAAUAGAAAAGUUGGUCAAAAGCAAGCUGACUCUGGAAGGAGGCUCUUACCGGGGGAGUUUGAAGGACCCUACCGGCUGCCUGAAUGAGGCCAUGACCCCUCCCACACCUCCUAGAAACCUGGAAGAAGAACAGAAAGCCAAAGCUCUGAGAGGCAGGAUGUUUGUUCUGAAUGAGUUGGUACAGACAGAGAAGGACUACGUCAAGGACCUGGGGAUUGUGGUGGAGGGCUUCAUGAAGAGAAUAGAAGAGAAGGGGGUCCCUGAGGAUAUGCGAGGGAAGGACAAGAUUGUGUUUGGAAACAUCCACCAGAUUUAUGACUGGCAUAAAGACUUUUUCCUGGCUGAACUGGAAAAAUGUAUCCAAGAGCAAGACAGAUUGGCCCAGCUCUUCAUUAAACAUGAGCGGAAGCUGCACAUCUAUGUAUGGUACUGCCAGAACAAGCCACGCUCCGAGUACAUCGUGGCUGAAUACGACUCCUACUUUGAGGAGGUGAAACAAGAGAUCAAUCAAAGGCUGACCCUUAGCGACUUCCUCAUCAAGCCCAUUCAGAGAAUAACAAAGUAUCAGUUGCUACUCAAGGACUUCCUGCGAUACAGUGAGAAGGCUGGUUUGGAGUGUUCAGAUAUCGAGAAAGCAGUGGAGUUAAUGUGCCUUGUUCCCAAGCGCUGCAAUGACAUGAUGAAUCUGGGACGCCUGCAAGGCUUUGAGGGCACCCUGACCGCCCAGGGCAAGCUUCUGCAGCAAGACACGUUCUAUGUGAUCGAGCUGGAUGCUGGCAUGCAGUCCCGGACCAAGGAGAGGCGGGUGUUUCUCUUUGAGCAGAUCGUCAUCUUCAGUGAACUGCUCCGGAAAGGGUCCCUCACCCCAGGCUACAUGUUUAAAAGGAGCAUCAAGAUGAAUUACUUGGUCUUGGAAGAGAACGUCGACAAUGACCCCUGCAGAUUUGCACUCAUGAACAGGGAGACUUCCGAAAGGGUCAUUCUGCAAGCUGCCAACCCAGACAUCCAGCAGGCAUGGGUGCAGGACAUCAGUCAAGUCCUAGAGACACAGAGGGACUUCUUAAAUGCACUACAGUCGCCCAUUGAGUAUCAGCGGAAGGAAAGGAGCACAGCCGUGAUCCGGUCCCAGCCGCCUAGAGUGCCGCAAGCCAGCCCCAGGCCCUAUUCCUCUGUCCCCGUGGGCUCAGAGAAGCCCCCCAAGGGCUCCAGCUACAACCCGCCUCUGCCACCCCUGAAGAUAUCUACCUCCAACGGCAGUCCAGGGUUCGACUACCACCAGCCGGGGGACAAGUUUGAAGCUAGCAAGCAGAACGACCUGGGAAGCUGCAACGGGACCUCGUCCAUGGCCGUCAUCAAAGACUACUAUGCACUGAAGGAGAAUGAAAUCUGUGUGAGCCAAGGGGAGGUGGUCCAGGUCCUCGCCGUCAACCAGCAGAACAUGUGUCUGGUGUACCAGCCCGCCAGCGACCAUUCCCCAGCAGCAGAGGGCUGGGUCCCAGGCAACAUCCUGGCACCCCUCACCAAAGCCACAGCAGCAGCAGAAAACAGCGACGGGAGCAUCAAGAAGUCAUGCUCAUGGCAUACUCUACGCAUGAGAAAGCGGGCAGAAGUGGAGAACACGGGUAAAAAUGAAGCCACAGGGCCUCGUAAACCCAAGGAUAUUCUGGGCAACAAAGUCUCUGUUAAAGAGACCAACAGUUCCGAGGAGUCAGAGUGUGAUGAUCUUGACCCUAAUACUAGUAUGGAGAUCUUAAAUCCAAAUUUCAUCCAAGAAGUGGCUCCAGAAUUCCUUGUGCCCUUGGUAGACGUCACCUGCUUGCUCGGGGACACGGUGUUGCUGCAGUGCAAAGUCUGCGGGCGGCCCAAGCCCACCGUCACCUGGAAGGGUCCAGAUCAGAGCAUCCUAGACACUGACAACAGUUCAGCCUCGUACACCAUAUCCUCCUGUGAUUCUGGGGAAAUCACCCUCAAGAUCUGCAACCUGAUGCCCCAGGACAGCGGGAUUUAUACCUGCGUGGCAACAAAUGACCAUGGGACGGCAUCCACGUCGGCGACGGUUAAGGUGCAAGGUGUUCCUGCCGCUCCCAAUCGCCCCAUCGCACAGGAGAGGAGCUGCACCUCCGUCAUCCUCCGCUGGCUGCCCCCAGCCAGCACUGGGAACUGCACUAUCUCGGGAUACACGGUGGAGUACCGAGAGGAAGGUUCCCAGGUCUGGCAGCAGUCCAUAGCUUCGACCUUGGACACUUACCUUGUCAUUGAAGACCUGAGUCCUGGGUGCCCUUAUCAGUUCAGGGUCAGCGCCAGCAACCCCUGGGGAAUCAGCCUUCCCAGUGAGCCCUCGGAGUUUGUCCGUCUUCCAGAGUAUGAUGCAGCCGCUGACGGUGCCACCAUCUCUUGGAAGGAAAAUUUUGAUUCCGCUUACACUGAACUGAACGAGAUUGGCAGAGGCCGUUUCUCUAUUGUGAAGAAAUGCAUUCACAAAGCUACCCGCAAAGAUGUUGCUGUGAAAUUUGUGAGCAAAAAAAUGAAGAAGAAGGAGCAGGCCGCCCACGAGGCCGCCCUGCUUCAGCACCUGCAGCAUCCCCAGUAUGUCACCCUCCAUGACACCUACGAGUCCCCCACAUCCUACAUCCUGAUUUUGGAACUGAUGGAUGACGGCCGACUCUUGGACUACCUUAUGAAUCACGAUGAGCUGAUGGAAGAAAAAGUAGCUUUCUAUAUCCGAGACAUCACGGAAGCCCUUCAGUACCUUCACAACUGCAGGGUUGCACAUCUGGACAUAAAGCCCGAAAACCUGCUCAUUGACCUGCGGAUCCCAGUGCCUCGGGUGAAGCUCAUCGACCUGGAAGACGCUGUCCAGAUCUCGGGCCACUUCCACAUCCACCACCUGCUGGGCAACCCUGAGUUUGCUGCCCCGGAAGUGAUCCAAGGCAUCCCUGUCUCCCUGGGCACAGACAUCUGGAGCAUCGGGGUUCUGACGUAUGUCAUGCUGAGUGGGGUGUCCCCCUUCUUAGACGAGAGCAAAGAGGAAACCUGUAUCAACGUGUGCAGGGUGGACUUCAGUUUCCCCCACGAGUACUUCUGCGGUGUGAGCAACGCUGCCAGGGACUUCAUCAACGUCAUUUUACAGGAGGACUUCCGGAGGCGGCCCACAGCGGCCACGUGCCUGCAGCAUCCGUGGCUGCAGCCUCACAAUGGCAGCUACUCCAAGAUCCCCUUGGACACCUCCCGCCUGGCCUGCUUCAUAGAGCGCCGCAAGCACCAAAAUGACGUGCGGCCCGUUCCCAACGUCAAGAGCUACAUCGUCAACAGGGUGAACCAAGGGACCUAGCCGUCUCCCACCCCAGGUUUCACAUAGAAGGGCAGUGUGAACCAAAGCGAGACUGAACGUGUCUGUAAAUAACUCUCUUCAUCAUUUCACUCCAUGUGGUUCUCUGGACUGAGGGAUGGUCCUCUUAAAACUUGUCUGUGGUCACUGGGGGGGUGUGAGCAGGGUCAAAGCCACCUUAAUCCCAGGAGCACUCCAGAAGGUCAUGCUGAAGAAGUUAAGAGGCAGAAGUUGCAGGAAGCAUGAAAAGAAAAGGCAAGGCUGAUGAGAUGGUAGUUGGCAUAAAAAUGUUAAUUGUACAUUCCAAAAUGGGCGGUUAAGUGGGCAAACCGUUCACCCACUGUGAGGAGGGUGGUAGGUCUCUGACUCCCUUGAAAAGUUAAGCAAAAAGUUCUAUUUAACAGAGAUUUCAACUAUUCUGCUUUAGAUGGCUUAGAUAUAGUUUCUUAACAGGAUACAUAUACACAUACAGUAUACUAGAUCCCAUUCAGGUUUCAGAGUUUUAUAAUAUAGAGUUCUAUAUGAAAUCAAUCAUAAGUAACUUUGAGUGCUCCCGUUAUGACAGUAAUUUAUUUACCGAAGCAUUGCAUUAUUUUGACUAAGCACAACUAGAUGACGAGUUUUUUAGAGCAUUUUAUAAAUCUUGUAUAGAAAUCUUUUAUCAGAACCUGUGUAUGAAGAGAAAGCAAUGUGACCCCUUUUGCGAUCUGUGAAUGAGAUAUUUUUUUUCUCCAUCAUGGGUUACUCGACUAAGAUAGGUUCUGUAUAUCAAAAGCUUCCACCCUGAACUCACUGGCAGCUCAGAGUUCCUCCCGUGAGAAAGCCUGCCAGGAAAUAAAUCCAAAUCUAAUAAGAGUCGGGGGUUUGUUUUUAUGUCCCUCUGGGCCUGGCAUAGGUAAAUGAAUAUCACAAACUUCAUCCGAAAGGGCCCAUAGAAACUUUUCCCACAGUUCCUGUGAACAAUGUAGCAGCUCUUUCUGAUUUCAUAGCUGUAGAAUACCGUUUUCAGAAAAUCAGCUUGCUUAUACCUAACCCCCUCAUAAAGCUUUGGGGUGCUUACCAAAAGGAGGCAGCCAUAUUAGCCUUUUAAAGGCUAGUUCUAAGUCCUUUCUGAAGCCAUGGAGCAAAGCCUGACCCAUCACUCUAAUACAGCACGGGUUUUUAACUGUGAUAGCAAUACCUAUCACCACACAGCCACCGAUGUCUCUGGACUAAAGGGACUAAUUAUAUGCUGAGGUCAAUGCUGCUUUCUCCAUACAAGAUUAUUAUGCCCGGUGCACUCUGGAGGAAAAACAAAUUAA